AUUACUCAAGUUAAUCAGCAUGUCUGUACGAUUGUGCCUGUGUUAUAUUUUUAUUGCUACAUUUGUUUUUGUCUCAUUUUGGGGUAUUUUAGACUGCGCCGGUUCCAUCGAGUACAGCAGAAGAAGAAAAUCUAAAAACCCAGUCGUGCUGGAAGCUCCAAUACUUGAAAACAUUUCUAACAACUCCAUAACCAUACGUGUCGAGAACUUUACGUAUGCUUUCAGCCAGCCACGAGAAUGCAUAAUCCAGUACAAAGAAGAAAACGACGCGCAUUUUAAAAAUUCUAGCACAUACUGUAGCUCCAAAGACCUAGUUGACAAAACUUUUACGAUCCCUAGUGUUGAUACAAUAAAAUUCCGGUAUAAAAUACGACUACUAUUAAUUAACUCAGAUCGCUACUACUCAGAUCAAGAAAUACCUGAGCUGGUCACACCCAAAAAAUUACACUUCUCUCAAGUAACAAAUAACAGCUUAAGAUUAACACGGUUUCCACCGAAAAACGAAAUCUCCAAAUAUCAUUUUAAUUUUACGUGUACACAAUCGUUCUGCCAGUAUACUGCAACAAGUGUGCUUUCCGGUUAUGUCAUAAAACACUUAAAACCUUCGACAACCUGCACAAUAUUUGCAUACAUUUUACAAAAUGGGACAGGAUGGCACCUUUAUGACAAAAUCAGUAAUACCACACUUGCCACAACCGUUGACGACAAUGAAAUGCCUGAUAAUAUUACCUACAACCAGAAUAAAAUGGUGAUUUCGUUCAAGGGCUGUUCAAAAUUUAGUGGACCCAUAAAUUACACUUUUAUGUACACUGAUGGUAACAGUUUUACGCACCACAUGGAAGUUCACAAAAAAAUUAUUGAAGAGAAUAUAGAGUUACAAGCGUCUAGAAAUUACAGUGUAAUAGUAACAGCGACAAGAAUGAAUUAUCAGCGGUCGAAAACAUACCAACUUCAAACUGCUCCAGACACACCCAAGGAAGUUCGAAACCUGACAAUUGACUGUCGGAAUAGUAGUACCGUCUGGUUACGAUGGUUACCACCGGACCCACCAACCGGUCAAGUGUCAAAAUACAUUAUCUCUCAAGGGAACUCAACAAUACCACCAGAUAAUGACAACCGUGACACUUUCAUUUCUACAAACAUACAACUAGAACCUAACAUAACUAAAAUUGAGGUUCGAGCAAAAAAUCGAAAAGUCAAAAAACUGGGAGCCCCCAAGUCUGUUGAACUUUCCUCUGUGCCCCUGGUAAAAGACAUUCUGCAAAAUUUCACUGUAGUACCAUCUCCACCAGAAAUAUCUUUCCGGUGGCAUCACCUAAACAACCUCUCCAUUCGGGUCCAAAACGAAAGCUCACAAAAUUCCAACGGCGAAUUUAACAUUUCAGUUGGCAGAGAAGGCAAAGUUGAAUUAGUCGUGUCGAGUGUAAACUGUCAAAGCGAACAAGUAACUAUUGAAGUGGAAACGAAGCCUCCAGAGUUUAAUUUGUCGGGGAACCCUAUUAUAAAAGUAUGGUCAGAAACAAACUAUGAGUUACACGUACCGACACCAGAUGGUGCUACAACCGAAAGCUCGAAUUUUACUAUUUUAAUUAACCCUGACGAUGCGAACUCCAACUGGAAUGUAACAAACCUACAACAAGAACAAAAUGGUUACGUUAAAGCACAAAUCCCUCGUAAUGUAGCAGUUUUUAUGAAGACCCAAUCUUACGAAAUGUUACUUGAAGAUGUCAAAAGUGGUAAACGUUAUCGUUUGCUUCCGAGAGGUUCGUACACCGAAAAAGACUGGAGCUUCUUUCAAAAAGUCACUGGUUUAUGUUUAAUAAUAAUGACUGCUGUCACUUUAAUUUGCCUGGGAUAUCUUCUUCUAGCGUACAUCUUUAAAAAAUACCCGUUCAACUCAAAUAGGGAGGUAUGUCAGCGACGAGAAAGUUAUCAGACGGCGACUGUAACGGACUUUCCUAACAAUUAUAAAAGGGACAGCUUGAAACGACUUCAGAAGAAACUAGAUCCAGAGUUCUUAUGAUCUUCUCCAUGUUUUGAAUAUUGUCACAAGAGCUGUAUCAAAUGACAACCUGAUAUUACAGUAAAUAAUAGUAAUAAUAAUUAUUAUUAUAAUUUAUUUUCGUAUUUUUGCACCUAAAUUGUUUAUACACGUCAUUAAAAUAUAUACAUAAAGUGUUAUCUUAA